GAGGGAAUUGUUGCGUGGAGGGACUUGAGGCACGCGGCGAGAGAAGGGGGCGUCGAAAGCGCCUCCUUCCCGCCCACCAGCCAGCCAUCAUUGGCCCCAGCUUGCCCCCUCCUCAAAGCCGUCGACUUCUCGCCCUCUUCCGAUGCUGGUUGCGAGGAGGAGCUUGCCUGAAGCUUCAGCCGCGGCGCCGGUAGAGGCAGCAGGACCAGCUGCUGCUCCUGGUAACGGCGGCGAGGGUGGAUGGAAACGGAGCCCUGAGGGGAGCGAGAGAGAGAGUCUGGCGAGAGGGCGCGCCUCGCCUCCUGCUCCAGCCUCGCUAGCUCCAUUGUCUCUGCGCGUUCCUUCCAACAGGUUCUGACUGAGGAGAGCUCCCGGCUUCCCCGCGCUCUCACUUGGCGCCAUUCCGUGUUGCUUUCAGGAAGAGCCAAGCUUCGGGUUGCCUGCCGCUUGCUGAGCCAGCAGGGAUGAUGCUGGGGGGUUUGGGCUGAUCCGGCUUCUCGUCCUCCCGUCUGGUGGCUCCUGGUUUUCUAUCGAGGCAAGAAGAACUGGACGUUUGUGGCUGUGGAGAUUUGGCUUUUUGUUGUUGGUCUUAUCGCCUUCUGUUUUUGUUUUUUUCUGCAAAAACGCCAAAGAGGAAUAUGGACUGAUUCGCGGUCUCCUUCUCCGGCACGAUGGAAUCCCGGGUCUGCUUAAGCACCUUGUGCUUGCUCUUCUGUCUGAGCUCAGUUUUAGGAUUUGGCGUGGACCCCUCGUUGCAGAUCGACGUGCUGGGCGAGUUGCAGCUCGGGGAUUCCGUAGUUGGAGUGCUGCAGGUCCAAGGACUGCACAACGGGAGCAAAGCUUUCUUCUUCCAAGGUACUUCAAGAAGUGUCAAAGCAUCUCCAGAGAAAGCUGAACUCUUUUUCCAGAAGCUUAGAAAUAAACAUGAAUUCACAAUUUUGGUGUCACUCAAACAAGCCCGCUUAAAUUCAGGUGUAAUUUUUUCUGUUCAUCACUUAGAUUACAGGUAUUUGGAACUAGAAAGCAGCGGUCAUAGAAAUGAAAUUAGGUUGCACUAUCGUUCAGGAAGCCAUCGCUCUCAUACAGAAGUGUUUCCUUACAUUUUGGCAGAUGACAAGUGGCACAGGCUGUCUUUAGCAAUCAGUGCAUCACAUUUGAUUUUGCAUGUGGACUGCAAUAAAAUUUAUGAGAGAGUGGUGGAAAAACCCUAUAUGGAUUUACCAGUUGGCACAACAUUUUGGUUGGGACAAAGGAACAGUGCACAUGGCUACUUUAAGGGCAUAAUGCAAGAUGUGCAAUUACUUGUCAUGCCUCAAGGAUUUAUUUCUCAGUGCCCAGAUCUUAAUCGCACGUGUCCAACCUGUAAUGAUUUCCAUGGACUUGUGCAGAAAAUUAUGGAGCUACAAGAUAUUUUAGCCAAAACCUCUGCCAAGCUGUCCCAAGCUGAGCAAAGGAUGAAUAGGUUGGAUCAGUGCUAUUGUGAAAGAACCUGCACUAUGAAGGGUGCCACCUACAGGGAGUUUGAAUCUUGGACUGAUGGCUGUAAGAACUGCACUUGCAUGAAUGGUACCAUCCAAUGUGAAGCAUUGAUUUGCCCACUUUCAGAUUGCCCUUUUAAUUCUGCUCCUGCGUAUGUUGAUGGCAAGUGCUGUAAGGAAUGUCAACUGAUAUGUAUGUUUGAAGGCAAAACCUACUUUGAAGGUGAAAGAGAAACUGUACAUUCAGACUCAGGGGAUUGUAUUCUUUUUGAAUGCAAGGACUACAAAAUGCAACGUGUGGUGAAGGCAGACUGUCCUGCCUUGAACUGUCCUGAUUCUCAGCAAAUCUCCUUAUCUAACAGUUGCUGCAAAGUUUGUAAAGGCCACAACUUUUGCUCUGAAGGACACAAAUGCUUGGAGAAUUCUUUCUGCAAGAACCUUGAAGAUAGAUCUGUCUGUAGCUGCCGAGAUGGUUUUCGAGCCCUUCGAGAGGACAAUGCAUACUGUGAAGAUAUUGAUGAAUGUGCUGAAGGAAGGCAUUACUGUCGGGAGAAUACCAUGUGUGUAAAUACACCAGGAUCAUUCAUGUGCAUCUGCAAAACAGGUUACAUCAGGAUUGAUGACUACUCAUGUACAGGGGCCCUCAGUUUGUUCCCGUUAAAAAAAAUUUCAGCCAAGGUUCGAGCUCAGCCCUUGUAUGGAGCUCAACUUGAGCAUGACGAAUGCCUCACAAACCAACAGAACUGCGAUGAAAAUGCACUGUGUUUCAACACGGUGGGAGGGCAUAACUGUGUCUGUAAGCCAGGUUACACAGGAAAUGGCACUGUAUGCAAAGCCUUCUGCAAAGAUGGGUGUAGAAAUGGUGGAGCCUGUAUUGCAUCCAAUGUCUGUGCCUGUCCACAGGGAUUCACAGGGCCAAGCUGCGAGACUGACAUUGAUGAAUGUUCAGAUGGCUUUGUUCAGUGUGACAGCCGAGCUACCUGCAUUAACCUACCUGGCUGGUACCACUGUGAGUGCAGGGAUGGGUACCACGACAAUGGCAUGUUUUCGCCCAGUGGAGAGUCCUGUGAAGACAUUGAUGAAUGUGCAACUGGGAGGCACAGCUGUGCCAAUGACACAACUUGCUUUAACUUGGAUGGUGGUUAUGAUUGCCGGUGUCCCCAUGGGAAGAAUUGCACGGGAGACUGUAUCCAUGAAGGCAAGAUCAAACACAAUGGGCAGAUUUGGGUUUUGGAGAAUGAUAGGUGCUCUGUCUGCUCUUGCCAAAGUGGAUAUGUAAUGUGUCGGCGAAUGGUCUGUGAUUGUGAGAACCCCACUGUUGACCUAUUCUGCUGUCCUGAAUGUGACCCAAGGCUCAGUAGUCAGUGUCUGCACCAAAGUGGGGACAUCUUGUACAACAGUGGAGAUACUUGGGUUCAAAAUUGUCAGCAAUGCCGAUGUUUGCAGGGUGAAGUAGACUGUUGGCCCUUGCCUUGUCCAGAAAUGGAGUGUGAAUUCAGCGUACUCCCUGAGAAUGAGUGUUGCCCUCACUGUAUCACUGACCCCUGUCAGGCAGACACCAUUCGGAAUGAUAUCACCAAGACUUGUCUGGAUGAAACUAAUGUGGUGCGCUUUACUGGAUCUUCUUGGAUUAAGCAUGGCACAGAAUGCACCCUCUGCCAAUGCAAGAAUGGGCAUGUUUGUUGUUCAGUGGAUCCACAGUGCCUUCAGGAACUGUGAAGCUAAUGAUCAUCUAUUGCGGGCAGUUUCUGGUUAAAGAAUUUUCCUUCACAAAAAGACUUGUAGACCAAAAAUUGUAUAAAGCCAAAACUGAAGCAAGAUCCGUUUUGUCCAAUUAAAGUGCAGAAAUGCUUUGAAUUGAAUGAGCUGUCAGUUUCCUCGGUCCAAGUGAAAUGUGUAAGACUAGGAACAACUUCAGAUGUAUAAACCUGUGUUUGGAUGUGAAGUUCAAUUUCUGGUUUCAUUUUGUGUUUGACAUCAUUAUGUAAUAUAUUGGACUAGAGACAGAUUGACAAAUUGUGCAUAAAGAUGUCAAAACCUUCAAGCAGCUAAAAGCUUUCUGGAGCUUUGAAUAUACACUUCAUCCAUGGCCACAGAUAUAUUUUUUUUAACAUAACAGUAUUUAUGUUCUACACCAGUUUGUUUGAUUACUCACUGCAGAAUUUGCCAGAAAUCUGAAUUAAGAAGAAUCUUUGGAAAUGCAGAGUUUUGCAGCAAUGUAAAAACCUGAUUCAAUUUACUGUAAAAACAAUGCACAGGCAUGACUAAUUAAUUAAUGUUUUCUGAUGGGAGAAGUCAUCUAUAUUUCCUUGUUUGACUGCACUUAUUUCUUGAAUUUGUUCAGUAUAAGCUCGUUCUUGUGCAAAAUUUAAAUAAAUAUUUCUCUUACCUUA